AUGACUGCUGUGGCUUCACCACCUAGCGUGCAAUCGGGCCCUCACUUGGGAUGGUUCGACUCUGGUAACGGAGGACAAGGUGCUCUGUCUUCAAUGGACGCGGAAGAAGUCUCACGAACAUUUUUGCCGCGAAGGACUGUUCAGAGAUCGAAUUCCUCCUCCUCCUUAGCAUCUACUUCAUCAACCUCAACCGCUAUAGUCACGCCGCAACCCUCUAAUGCGGGGCACGUGAAUAACGUCGAACACGCUACAUGGUCAUCAAAGAAGAAAUCCUCAAGAAAUAACUGGACAACUUCUAAGUCAGAGCCGGUGGCUGGGCUGAGCAGCGCCCGCUCCCAGGCUAUGCCGGCCUUUUCUUCGGGCCCAGGAGCUUCUUCUACUAUGACCGCGAUUCACCAGCCGUCUUCCAUUGUUCCAUCUCAACACAUGCUUCAAGCAUCACAACAAAAUGGCGUACGCGCCGCGAGCGCACCAGCAGGCGAUCCUCCCGCCAUCCUCACACUCUUACCCAUCAACGGUACCUUCGACAAGAAGCAGAUCAACGUACCGUUCUAUCCGGACCUACUACGCAUAGGCCGUCAGACAAACGCCAAGACUGUGCCAACCCCGGUGAAUGGUUACUUCGAUUCCAAGGUGCUGUCUCGACAGCACGCCGAGAUCUGGGCAGACAAGAGCGGAAAGAUCUGGAUCAGGGACGUCAAGUCGUCCAACGGUACAUUCGUCAAUGGGCAGCGGUUAUCUCCGGAGAAUCGCGAAUCCGAACCCCAUGAGCUUCGCGAGAACGAUACCUUGGAGCUUGGAAUUGAUAUCGUCAGCGAGGAUCAGAAAACGGUUGUUCAUCAUAAGGUUUCCGCCAAGGUUGAACAUGCCGGCGUAUACAGCAGCAUUCCGAAUAUCUUGGACCUUACACUAGGUGACUUGGAUCCUGCUUCUGGAAAUGGACUGCUCCCGUCUCCCCUUAGUCAACCGAUGUCGCAUCUGAGGGGACGAUCGGGAAGUACUAUGAGCAACCGCAGUGCUCAGAGUGCAGCCAGCAGUCAAUUCAACGCAAUUCAACAACAACGUCAGAUGAACUAUUGGAAUUCCCCUAUAUCUAUAGAACAAGUUGUCAAGCGACUUACGAGUGAAAUGAAACAGGCCAAACAACAAUCACAAGAGCUCCGGCAAACAGACGAGUUCUUGACUACUAUAAUGAAACCCGGAUAUGCGGAGAAGGAGAAACCGAAGCCUUCGCCAGCGGAUAAUAACGCACCCCGUCCAGUCAAUGGGCGGCCAAAGAUGCCUCGCGUAGAUUCUUUCUCUCGCUUUUCGGACCCUCCAGCUCCUCCACCGCAGCAACCCUUGCCCGAAAAGCCCGAUGCUUUGCCGCGGAACGGCACAGACGCCCUAUCGCCGUUGAAGCGAUCCGAGACAGAAAAGUCUAAGCUUGGCCCGAACUCGCCCGUUACACGUGAAAAUAGCCAGAUUUUGUCUCUCAUUGAGGCUCUGUCCUCCGCCAAAAGGGAGCUCGAUAGCCAGGGUGCUCGUGUUAAGGAGCUAGAAGCGUUGCUGAUUCAGGAACGAAAUGCUCGUGAAUUCGCCGAGGAAAAGGCCCGGAGCUUGGAGAUGAAGUCCAUUCAGCCUGCUCCAGGCCUCACCACAAAUGCUGAACCUGAAGACGAUAGCACCAAGACGUUGACUGAAAUGGAAGAGCCAAAGACUAUGCCGCCGGAUGCCGAAGCUUCGAUCGAUUCUGAUGCACCCGCGUCUGAAAAGGAGUCCUUGACAGAAAGUCAAACAGAUGUUUUACAACGUCGUCUCGAGUCAAUGAUACUGGAGAUGGAGGAGAUGAAGAAGCAAGUCACAAUGUUCAAAGACCGGGCAGAAGUCGCGGAGAAUGAGACUGUUGAGGCGCGGAAGUCGCUGGCGGAGAUGAUUGAAACUCUGCGACAAGAGCGCGCAGAGCGUGCUCAGGGCAAUGUAGUGUCUGGUGCGCAGACAGAUGCUCCUGCUCCUGCUGGUUCUCCAUCUGAGCCACAAGAGUCCGCCGAAGAGAAGGGCAGCGUGUGCGCUGAGCAACCACAGCUCACUGCGACGCCGUCAGCUACAAAAGCGGUGGACAACGCAAACACGACGUUUGCGACACAAUCACACCGCCACGACGUCUUAGAGCAAUCCAGUCCUUUUGCUUCUAUGCUUGGAGUGGUGCUUCUCGGCGUUGGGCUGAUGGCUUACCUGAACAGCUGGCAGAAGAUGGACAAAUGA